GCAGGUUGGCGAAAGGGAUGGAUUGAUAACUAGUUAAUGGUGAUGAGGUCAGAUGUGGCUGUGUUUGUUGACGUCUGCCGUUGUUGCGGGGAGUAACUGCCACAUGACUGACUUGGCGCUAGUUACCGUCGGCGGCUGUCGUUUGCUCCAAAACUCCGCCCGCGCAAACAGAGCAGAGAAACCGGAUAUCUAACUCCAGACCGCUGUGUUUGAGACACGAACCACGCCACUGCACCGCUCUUUAAUGUAUCCUGAGCUGCUGUCAAUAUACACUUUUGCUACAGAGAGCAGAAAAAAACUUCAUAUCACAUAUCAGUAAACCUCUAUGGGUUCGAAUCUUCCGUAUGCGGCGGAUGCGGAGAGCCCGCUGAAGCCCGCAGAGCUCCAGGUCCUGAGAGCCCAAUACGAAAAGGAAGGAGAAUAUGUCGGCGUGCAGACUAAAUUCAAUUAUGCUUGGGGCCUCAUAAAAUCCAACGUCCGCCAAGAACAACAAGAAGGCGUGCGCCUCCUCUCUGAAAUAUUCAAAUCUGCCCACGAACGACGGCGCGAAUGUCUCUACUACCUCGCCCUCGGCAACUACAAGCUCGGCAACUACGGCGAGGCGCGCAGAUACAACGAUCUCCUUCUCGACCACGAACCUGGGAACCUGCAGGCGGCCAGUUUGCGAACGCUGAUUGAUGAUAAGGUUGCGAAGGAAGGGUUGGUUGGGGUUGCGAUAUUGGGAGGUGUGGCUCUGGCGGCUGGCGUGGUCGGGGGACUUAUUAUGAAGGGGGCGAAGAGGCGGUGAGGUGAAGAGGGAGGUUAUUGUAGGGUGCGGGAUUAUAUCCAUAUAUUUUCCCCUCUCUUCCUUAUGUUUGGUUCGUGGGCGGAGGAAAGGUUUUAUGUUGCUACGAUGUCCCACUCAAGAUGGAAAUGAUGGACGGUAGCAUAUGGGAGGCGUUUAGAACAAGGGGUGUUGGUGGUGGUGGUGGUUCCAGUCAUCCUUUCUAUUGAUGGGCUACGGAAAUGUCAUCGUGACCUGCCGUUACUCCUAUCAUUUUUUUUUUUUUUUUUUUUUUUUUUCCCUGCCCGGUCAAGCUAUUUUUCAUUUACCCCCAUGAAGUGUUUCCUUUUUUUUUACAGUAUUGUGUUAUUUUAAACCAUAUCCUCAUGGCUCCAAGACCGGAUAUCUAUAUAAAUAGGAUGCAUACAUAGUAAUUUUGGCAUAGGCGUUUGUUAUUUAUGGCGAACAUCCCUUUUCCUAAGUUUCGGCACAUUAAUAUAAUACAUCCCCAUCUCCGCUAUGUGGGUGUGCUAGCACAUGCGUAAGCAUGGGAGAAAGGGGCGUGACAGUACGACAGAUUGACGGAGACUUGCAAACGUCUGAAAGGAAAAAGAAUAUAAGAGAAACUGAAAGGACAACAAAAGAAUAAAAAUUGAAGAACAAAAUAGGUGAGCAGCCCCGGACCAUAUAAGGCGCGGCGGUUAGAUGAUCAGUUCGGACCGGGGUCAGCGAGUUAAGCAAGAAUGAAUAUUGGAUUCUUGACUCUAUCCUGUCGACUUUCACGAGCCAUAGAAAUUAGACGCAGCCGGUCUGAUAGAGAUAACGGCUAAAUAAGAAUUCAGCAGAAUCUGAAAUGAGGUCCAGGGGAGGCUCUUUUGCAACCGGCAAGGUUGAGGAGGAACAAAGGAACUGGUAUUGGUCAAAGUUAGC